CGCCGAGUCCGCAUGGCGCGCUCCCCUCUGCUGCUGGCGCCACUGACGCUGCUGCUGGCGCUGCGCCCGCAGCCCGCCACUGGAGACGCUGCCGAGCUCGUGGUGGACGCCUUCAACGGAACACACGUACCGAAGUUCGCAGAGCCCAUCAGUAACGUCACAACGCCUGUCGGCAGAGAGGCCAUUCUUGUCUGCGUGGUCGAGGACUUGUCUACCUACAAGGUGGCGUGGCUGCGGGUGGACACGCAGACGAUCCUGACGAUCGCGGCGCACGUGAUCACCAAGAACCACCGCAUCGGCGUGACGCACAGCGACCGCCGCACCUGGUUCCUGCACAUCCGCGACGUGCGAGAGUCCGACCGCGGCUGGUACAUGUGCCAGAUCAACACCGACCCCAUGAAGAGCCAGCUCGGCUACCUCGAAAUAGUCGUGCCGCCCGACAUCCUGGACCAGCCGACGAGCACGGACCUGGUGGUGCGCGAGGGCGACAACGUGACGCUGCGCUGCGCCGCCACCGGCUCGCCGCAGCCCACCAUCACGUGGCGGCGCGAGGGCGGCGAACCCAUCCCCGCGCCCGACGGCGGACAAGUGCAGAGCGUGGAGGGCGCCGUGUUCCGCAUCGCGCGCGUCUCGCGGCUGCACAUGGGUCCCUACCUGUGCAUCGCGUCCAACGGCGUGCCGCCCAGCGUCAGCAAGCGCAUCUCGCUCGUCGUCCACUUCCCUCCCGUCGUGCGGCCCAAGAGCCAGCUGGUGGGCGCCUACGACGGCCGCCACGUCACCAUAGAGUGCAGCUCCGAGGCCUACCCCAAGUCCAUCAACUACUGGACCCGGGACCAGGGCGAGAUACUCGCCCACGGGAACAAGUACGAGCCAUCGAUAGUGGAGACUUCGUAUAAGGUGCAUAUGAAGCUUACUAUCCGUUCGGUGGGCCCAGCCGACUACGGGCAGUACGUAUGCGUCUCCAAGAACUCGCUGGGUGACACCGAGGGAGUCAUUAGAGUGUACGGAAGAAAGGGUGAUUUCGAAACCAGAAGCAACGAAGUUCUGGAGCUGUCGAAUUCGCAGCACAUUUCCAAAAGGAAAGACGGCGCCAGCGGCAGCCUGCAGGGGGUGCGGGGAGGGGCGGGCGUCGCGACGCCACUGCGGUGGCAGUGGGCCGACGCCGUCGCCCUGGCCGGCCCAGCCACUCUGCUGCUGGCAGCCGUCGUCUCGGCUGUCGCCUGAUUCGCAAGGCGGCCUCGAGGGGCUCCUCUGUCGCUGUCGCUGCUGCUGCUGGCUGAGUGCAACUGGCUACUCUUCAUCGCCACGCCUCACGACCGCUUACACGGACCUCACGUUCCGACUGUGGGCACCUAUGUGGACUAUUUUAUUCUGACACGGAUACGAAGUGCACCUUAAAAAAGGGCGUUCAGCCUCCUAAACGGCAUCUGAAAAGCCCACCAAUUUCUUCUUUUUUCCAGUAUGGACUACUGUCGCCAGAAUCCUCAAAAUGACAGAAGGCUAAAAUGACUUUCCGAAAAGAUACCUAAUGAAAUCUAUAUCUGCAGCGUCGACUGCUGGAACAGUAGUUUGCUGUACGUAAUGUUUAUUGACUAUAUGUUGAAAACUUGUUUUCUUUUCCUCCGCAUUUAUCAAUAUUUUUGUGUGCUUUUUUUUUCUCAUCGCAGACAGGUUACAUCGGCGGAAGUGCCCCGUGGUAGCAACACACACGUCUCCCAGAUGCAACUAAGAGAUAUGAUACAUGAAUCGCUCUACAAGAAGACACUAAGUGGAAUCAGAUUCAUAUAAAAUGACUACAUAUCUGUUCAGAGUUGAUCUACAUUAAUACCUAACAAGGUCUCAUAGGUUUUGUUUGGGGGGGGGGGGGCAGUUCGGGUACCACCACCAUUUCCACGCUCUCUUCUUUCACUCGCCGUGUGAUCAGCAGAAAUAACGGAUGCCGAUAAGACACAGUGUGAGCCAGAAUUUCUCUCUCGCGAUACUUUCAUCGCACUGUCGCGGGUUAUACACUGAGGAAAGUCAAUGUUUAGAACAAUUCUCAUUUGUUCUUCAGUCUCACUUGCGCUCCUUAAAAUCAAUGACAUGUUUCGAACUGCAUCUACAACACUGUUAAGUGCCUGGCAAUCAUCGGACCAUCUUCAAGCGACUUCUCUAUUGUUCCAUUCUUGAAGAGCAUACGGGAGAAACGAACACUUAUAUCUUUGGGUGCAAGUUCUGAUUUCACUUUUUUGUAUGACAAUGAUCAUUUCUCCCUGUGAUUGUGAGGACAUUGGGAGGAGAAAGCUGGCGACUGAAAUUUCAUAGCGAGAUUCUGCAGUAACGAGAAACGCAUUUGUUUUAAUAAUUGCCAUCCGAAUUUGCGUAUCAUAUGGUUGGCAUUCUCUUCCUCGUUUCACGAUAAUACAAAACGAGGUGCACUUUUUCACCUUUUUCGAAGUCCCUCGUCAAUUCUAUCUCAUGCGCAUCCCACGUCAAGCAGCAGUGUAGCGCAGUGUAGGCAGUCUCGUCAGUAGACCUGUUGCAUCUUACGAGUGUUCUGCCAAUCGAACGCAACCUUUGGUUUAUCUUCCACGAAACGUUAUCUACUUGACCGUUCCAAUUCAAGUUAUUCGCUAUAGUAAUCCCUAAGUAUUUACUUGAAUUCAUAGCCUUUAUAAAUAUGUGAUCCAUCAUGUAACCGAAAUUCAGAGGACUUCUUUGAGUGCUCAUGUGUAUAACGACAAACUUUGCCUAACUUAUAGACGAUUGCGACUUUUCACACCAUACUGAUAUUUUUUCUAAUCAUUUUGCAAUUACUUUUGCUCACGUGAUGACUUUACAAGAUGGUUAAUGGCAUAAUCAUCUGCAAACAGUCUAAGAACGCUGCUCAGAUUGUCUCCUAGACCGUUUAUACAGAUCGAGAACAGCACCUGUCUUUUAAAACUCUCGUGGUUUACUCCACGACUUUCCGUCAGUUUCUGAGAAUUGUAACAUAUCUGACGGGAACUCACGAAUCCAGUCGCACAAGUGAGACGAAACACUGUAGGCAGGUAAUAUGAUUGUAAGUCGCUUGUGAGGAACGGUGUAAAAAAUCUUUUGGAAACUUGAAGCUAUGGAAUCAAUUUGAGAUCCCUUGUCGAUAGCGCUUAUUACUUCAUGUGAUUAAAGAGCUAGUUGUGUUUGACAAGAACAAUAUUUUCUGAGUAAUGUUUGAACACAGCAUAUUUUUCAAAAUCCCACUGAAAAUAGGCUUUAGUGAUAUGGGUUUGUAAUUCAGCGGAUAACUCCAAUUUCCUAUUUUGAGUAUUGGUCUCACCUUUAUAACAUUCCAGUCCUUAUGUGUGAUAGCUAAAUAUGAAGCUAUUGUCAGCACACUCUGAAAAGAACCGUAUAUGCUAUCUGGAUCAUUAUGAGAUCCAAGUACUUGCGUGAGUAAACCGUUUUGUCUUUGUCAGAACCUCAUAGAGACAUGUCAUGUUGCUAAAAAUGUGCAACUGAGACCGAAAAGUGCAACUGAGGCCGAAAAGUAAGUGAGAAAUAUUUUAAAUAUGAAUACAGUUGAUGAUUCUUUGUGGACGAGUAUGUUGACUAUAGAGGAAAAGAAGUAAUACUUGCUUUUCACUUCUUGGUUUGUACAAUGAAUGUGCGAGUGGUUCUGUGACACUCAUGCGCUUGCUAAUGGAAGCAGUUUUAAGACGUGUUACUCUUCUAUUUAUUCCUCUGUUUCUUUUGUUAAUGCUUCCUGGUAAGGAUCCCAGCAAGACGAGUAAAAGUGUCGGUAGAAGAGGUUUCUGUAAAGGAUUAAAUAGCUUCAAAAUCAUCGAAUGAAUAUCUAGUUUUUGCCUAUAACUAGACUAAUGAGAUUAUUACAUUUAACCUCUGAUGCCUUCUGGAAGAGAUUUAAUGAUUGUGACUAUUUACAGUGAUUAAUCAUGAGUCGUCAAAUCGACAGAAUUGGGUAAGAAUGAAAAAAACCGUUAUUUAUUCUGCAACGAUACCCAGUAACUAAAUAUAUGGACGGUGCAGAUUUUUUACAAUAUGUCUGCGUCAGCCGCUAUUCCGCAGCAAUGAAACAUGGAAACGUUGCAUAUGACAUAUGAUGCUUAUAGUUAAUUGUUUCCGUUUGGGAGGAAAUAUAGACUGGAAUACGGUCACUCAAGCUCAUUCUGCCAACUUAGAUAGUAAAAAAAGGGAAUACUGUCUCUGACACGUAGAGUUCUAAUGUGUCACUGAGCGGUAAAACAAUUGUAAAGUAUCUCUUUAAUGUACUAACAACAGCAACGUAAAUGCCGAUAUUAACCUUCGCUGCUUAUCGUAAUAAUUUCCUCUGGUGAAAAUAAAACUUUUUUAUGGUGUUGCCUCGCUCUUCGUCCGUCGGCUUUACUGUAUUUUAGACCGGCGCGGAAGCAAGAAAAGAGAGAGAAAAUCCAGAGAUAAAUCACAGAGAAUAAUCGUUAUCGUUAGAGGUUAACAACGAUAACAGAAAGUGCGCGAAACAUCCCUUCAGAUUAUAUUACGAUAGAAAAUUUAGGUAACAGCCUAUGUAGGGCACUUUAUAGAAAUGAGUAAUCUUUUUUAAAAGAAAACUUGGGUUGAUAAUCAUCUAUGUCAUAUCCUUUAAUUUUUAAACAAAUUAAUUAUAAUUUCAUACCUGAACCAUUCGUAUAACUCGUAAUAAUGAGUGUGUAGAUACUACCAUCGUCUACGAUUACCCCGAAUUACAUUUUUACCGUUUUGGGAUCCUUUCGUCAGAAACGUGCUUUGUUCUCCUUUUGAUGCUGACUUACAAAUUAAACGAUAUGCACACUGUUUUUUUCUAAAAUAAGUCAAUCCUGUUACUCAAUUGAUCGAGAUAAGGUAUUUUACACUCAUAUCCACAUGCGCUGUGAUAUAUUUCCCUGCAGAUAACAUACGUAUUUCUGUUCUGAAGAAAAAUGUUGUACGUUUGUGCAAAAUAAUCGCUGUUUGAUUAUAAUAAGUGUCCCUGCGAAAUGACUUAUGUAGAUGUACCAUUAUAAAUGAUGUCACGGGGAACAAGACUGCUACAUGCCUUGAACCAAAAUUGUGGAUUAGGUGAAAGGCAUCGAGAUCGAUUAAAUUUUCGAAUCAAAUUACUUUAUAAUUAAUUUUAUAAUUAAUUUAAUCACAGCCCCAUAAAGUCAUGAAAAACUAUUUUCUAGUCACUUUCUAAGUUAGGGUGUGAAGCUGUGUUUCAGCUGUGCACAAUCAAAUACGAUUUGUUAACUUGUGACACACGAAUUUGUAACGACCGCCAUAGUUUGUUAAUACCUCAAUGUAUUGGACUUUGCGCCUGAGCGUGCUUGUGUGUGUGUGUGUGUGUGUGUGUGUGUGUGUGUGUGUGUGUGUGUAUGAAGAGUAGAGCAGCUACGUUAGUAUUAAGGUAUCAUCGUAAAUAUUUUCAACAGUGCGUGUACAAACCAUCGAUUAUUCAAGGUGUACGGAAUAUAUAGAUGCAGCGGCGAAGCACGGAAAUACCAAAUUUCGUCCUUAACAUUUCUGAUUGCCUGGACGUAAAACAGACGCUAGACAUUUCAGUCGCUGUAUAUUAAGACGGGACGAAUCCUUGUUUCUCUUUUCUCCAGGCAACACGUCAAAUAACGUUCUGAUGGCUAAAUCUAGCGAACUGGCAAAUAUAAGAAUCUACUGGUCGACGUUAGAGGCUUUCAGAAACUAAAUUUUAUGCACAGCAGCUUUCGGACUGUAAUCGAUCGAACUGCUGUUUGAAACUUUUGCAGUCAUUUCACAUUUCGGAAAUACGCCAGUAAAUUAAAAAAGUUGUCCAGGUCCGCUAAAAGGUUUCCGUAAUACAAAUGAAAGUUAAUCUGUCGACGAAAUAAUUUUGCUUCUGCUUUAUUUGUUUUUUGGGACCGAGAAGUUGUGCUCCGAAACAAAUGAGUGUAUAGGAUAUCACGAAAACACACUCUAGCGAAUCACAUAUGAGAAAGUUAUUCAGUAGCACACUUUCCUUUGGUUGCCUUUUAUUACAAUGGAGAGUUUCGUAAAUUGUGGAAUUUGUCAGUCUUGGUGUUUCCUGGUGAAGUUCGCUGUCCACUGAUUAGUAUCCUUUGGCUCAAAUUUGUUAACUGAAGCGCCAACUCGAGAAGUAACGGUUCUAUUAAAAAGUCCAAUGAUACACUUCUUGAUAUGAAACUACAAGCUGCUCUGCUUAUUUUACAGUAUAUUUAAGAAAUAUUUUGAGAUGUCCUACACACAGGAAGAGACUGAUAUGGAGGAGAAGUAAUUCAAAUGACUUAAAUGUAGGGUGUAACAGUGAUUUGAAAUGUGGAGAGUGUCAUAGGUUUUUGAAUGUGUACUUGUUUAACUUGUAGUCGUAGCUGGUAUAUGUUCUGUAGGUAGUGUGAUGUGGAUUGUAUGCACUGUCGUAAAUUGCGGGUGAAUAAAAACAUUUUUUAUCAAGAGA